GACAUUGACAACAAUCCAAUAUAAAUACGGCAAACUGUAUUAAAUUUCAAUUUCCUUAUUAACAACAGGUUACAGAACAACCGGUCUAGAAUCGUUUAUCUAUCGUUAAUCGUCUCAAAACAAAAAUGUAUUCGCUUCUUCACAAAGAAGAGUCGGCACACGAGGAAAGCAUUUGGGCUUGCUCUUGGGGUCGUAUCAAAUUGGAUCUCGAGGAGCAUGACAAAGAGGACGCAGAUAACUCUAAUGAUUCUUUUAGAGCCAAGCAAACAGAAUAUCGCGAUUUUGUUGUCACAAGUGGAUUAGAUGACCGUGUCAAAGUAUGGGACGUAACCGCCAACAAUCAAUUAAAACUGCGAAAUACGUUCACUGGGCAUUCUUUGGGCGUAGUGUCUGUGGAUGUCAGUACGAACGGAGAAAUAAUUGCAAGCAGUUCCUUAGAUUCAGGACUAUGUAUCUGGAAAUCUGAAACCGGUGAACUGCUGAAUCAAAUAGCUCUCGGACCAGUCGAUUUGUGGACCGUAGCAUUUUCUCCCUGUGAUACAUACAUAAUAUCUGGAUCGCACGAAGGAAAAAUUUCACUAUAUAAUGUAGAAACCGGCAAACCAGAACAAGUGCUAGAUCCCCAAAACGGAAAAUUUACGCUGAGUAUUGCAUAUAGUCCUGAUGGCAAAUACAUCGCUAGCGGUGCCAUUGACGGAAUAAUUAACAUCUUUGAUGUAGCAGCGGGAAAAGUGGCACAAACACUUGAGGGUCAUGCUAUGUCCGUCCGGAGUCUUUGUUUCUCACCCGAUUCUCAGAUGCUCCUUACUGCUUCUGAUGACGGACAUAUGAAACUGUACGAUGUAGCUCAUUCGGAUGUAGUUGGGACUUUAUCUGGACAUUCAUCUUGGGUAUUAUCGGUGUCCUUCUCUGGUGAUGGUCGAAGCUUCGCAUCAUCAUCAAGCGACAAAACUGUCAAACUGUGGAAUGUUGCAGAACGUCAAUGUCUCCAUACCUUCAACGACCAUCAAGACCAGGUGUGGGGUGUUAAGUACAGCCCAGAUAGUUCAAAAGUUGUUUCAGUUUCAGAAGAUAAAUGUGUGAAUCUUUAUGAUUGUCCGCCAAACAUUAUUUGAUUUUUAAAAUAAAACAAAGUUUUCACUUUAUUGAAUCAGUUUUA